CUCUCCCGAGAACUCCCCCUCGGUUUCCUCCCAAAUCCCACGAUCCCACUCUCCUCCUCCUCCUACUCCUCCGCCACCACUCUACAUGCCUGACGACCCCCCGAAACCCUAGCCUCUGAAUGCCAUCGCCCACUCCCUCUCACACCCUCAAGGAGACGGUGGUGAUCCGGGAGACCAUCCUAGGGUUUCGGGAAUGCAGGUGGACGAGCAGCUGCGGGGAUCUCGGAGAACCCUUCUUAGCUACAGCCCCUUGCAGAGCCCCGCGGGAUCCAAGCUCUAUGGUGCUACUGGAACCUCACAGAGGCAUGCCCGCCCACCGCCUUUGUCUAAGAAACCGCCUGAGCCGCUCCGUCGGGCCGUCGCUGAUUUCCUUUCCGCCUCCCCUUCUCAUGCUCAUGGGAGUGCUCCUUCUGCCUAUUCCUCUGAUGCUGCUAGGAUCCUCCGGGAUUAUAUUGCAGAUCCAUUAACAACUGAUAUGGCUUACAAUGCACUUCUUGAGCAUGCACUUGCAGAGAGGGACCGCAGCCCUGCUGUUGUUUCCCGCUGCAUUGCAAUAUUAAAGCGGUAUCUUCUCCGAUAUGUACCAAAGGUGCAAACAUUGCGGCAAAUAGACAACUUUUGUGAAAAUUCCUUAGUAGAGUGUGAAACUUUAUCCUGUCAGAGGGUGUCGUUAUGGUCGAAAUCAUUUGGCCACAGUUCUGGAACAUCAUCUGUUCUCUCAAAUUCCUUUUCUUCUUUAAAGCCAAAUUCCAAUUUUGCAUCUGCUUCUUUGAUAAAAUCCAUAAAUUAUGUCCGUUCGUUGGUGGCACGUCAUCUUCCUAAAGUUUCGUUUCAACCUAUGGCCCUUUCAGGGGGCUCAACUGUUCCAAGGCAAUCACUUCCAAGCUUGUCAAGUUUGUUGAGCCGGUCUUUUACUUCCCAGCUAAGCCCUCUGGUUGUAAAUAGUUCUCCUGAAAGGAAAGGCAUCUCUAGUCCUUCGGCUUCUACUGUCUCAUUAAUUGACAUUGUUGAUGGAGUAGAUAAUAGCAAGUACAUAAUCUCCGACCUCCUUAAAUGGCGAUGGAAUGGUGACAGAGAGCAACAGUCAUCACCUCUCAUUAGGGAGAGUGAUGGUGUUAUGUGGCCCCAAGAUACUCGCACACAUGGCCUCUUGGAAGUUGGUGCUGCAGCUCUUAUAGUUGGGGACAUGGAGGUUAAAACGAAGGAUCAGCCCUGGAAAUAUUCUGGUAGUCAAGAUUUACCUGAUAUUGAGCAACUCUUGCAGCCUUCAGCUACUACAACAGCAACUAAUUUUGCAUCAGCUCAUAUGCAUUUGAAAGUUAUAACUGCUUCAAAACGCCUGAAAGCCGGGCCUCAUACAAUUUGGGCCAGUGUGCCGGAGAGCACCUUCCGUCCAAGGGCCCGCCCACUUUUUCAAUAUAGGCACUACAGUGAACAGCAACCUUUGAGGUUAAAUUCUUCUGAAAUAUCUGAAGUCAUAGCUGAAGUCUGUUCCACAAUUUCUUCGACAAUUGUUAAUCUUACUACAGUCCGAUCACAAUUGACCGAUCGCAGUGGGCAGCCUUCUACAGAUGUUGCAGUCAGUGUCCUCAUUAAACUGGUCAUUGACAUGUACAUGAUGGAUUCCAGAACUGCUGCCCCUCUGACUCUUUUUAUGCUAGAGGAUAUGCUUAGCUCUCCAAAGGUGGCUUGCAGGACUAGGGCUUUUGAUGUAAUGUUAAACUUGGGUAUUCAUGCGCAUCUCUUGGAACCCAUAUCAUCUGAUGAUACUCCCUCGAUUGAAGAAGAUGAGGCUUUACGAGAAUCUUCAUCAACCAACACCGACCGGUCUUUGAGACUUGGAAAUAUAAAUUCUGAACCCACCAUGCAACAAAAAACAUCUUCAGCUAUUGAUAACUUUGAGUCUUGGCUUUUGGUCAUUUUAUUUGAGAAUCUUGGCUUUCUUGUUCAGAUGGAGGAAAGAGAAGAAAUUGUCUGGGCUUCGGCUUUAAGUUGUUUAUUCUACUUUAUUUGUGACAGAGGAAAAAUCUUGAGGAACAGAUUGGAAGGUCUUGACAUAAGGGUUGUUAAGACCCUUCUGGAGAUCAGUCGAGAAAACUCUUGGGCAGAAGUGGUUCAUUGCAAGCUCAUUUGUUUGCUGACAAAUAUGUGUUACCAAGUUAAUGAUGUUACUGGAAAAGCUGUUUCAGAAACAUCCACAUUUCUUGUUGAGCAAGUUGAUCUCCUUGGAGGCAUUGAUUUCAUCUGUCUUGAGUAUUCACAAGCCAACUCAAAGGAGGAAAGGCGUAAUCUUUUCCUGGUUCUUUUUGAUUGUGUCUUGCAUCAGAUAAAUGAGACAUGCCAAAUUAAUGGAACUGCUGCUUAUCUACAUGAUGAGAUUCAACCUGUUGCUUCCAUGCUAACUCUUGCAGAUGCACCUGAAGCAUUUUACAUUGCAGUUAAGCAUGGUGUGGAAGGAAUUGGAGAGAUUAUGCAAAGGUCUAUUUCUUUUGCACUUUCUAGGUCGCCAAACUGUGAGCGCCAAAAUAUGCUUUUAGAAAGAAUCACCAGAAAAAUUGAUGCUUCCAUAAGUACUUAUACUCGUUUAGAUCAUGAGUUUUUGUACAUGAUUCAGCUAACAAAAUCUUACAAGUCACUUAGCAAUACUGAUGGACUUGGAGAUGCGGAUGUCUGUGCAAAGGCCAAACUUUCUUGGGCUACAUUACACUCUCUUCUUCAUUCAGAGCGGCCUGCCUACCGGCAAAAUGCAUAUAUUUGGUUAGUGGAGUUGCUACUUACAGAAAUUAGUGAAGAUGGUCAAGGGAGUAUAUGGCUCAAUAUUAAAAGAUUACAGCAGCAUAUAGCUGAUGCUGGCAAUCUAGAUUUGUCCUGUUCGUCAAUUCCUCUGCCUGUUUGUAUGCUAUGUGGCCUUUUGAAGUCCAAACAUAACUAUAUCAAAUGGGGCUUCCUUUAUGUUCUGGAGAAACUUCUUGUGCGCUGCAAAUUAUUGUUGGAUGAGAGUGAACUUCAUUAUGCAGGUCAUGAGGAUAGUGUUAGCCAUGACUCUAGUGGAAAUCGUUUGAAUAAAGCAAAUGCAAUCAUAGACAUAAUGAGUUGCGCGUUGUUUCUUUUGGUUCAAUUCAUGGAAACUGAUCACAUCAGUAUCUUAAAGAUGUGUGAUAUGCUAUUCUCUCAAUUGUGUCGGAGGCUUCACUCAACAAAUAAAAUGCCUCGAGACCUUAAACGCCUUGGUCGUCUUUCUGGAUCUGUAAAGAAAAACUUCAGUAAUGACCCAGAAAAUAUACAAUUAGGUCAGGGAGAGAAAAACAAUGUUCUGAGAGAUGAGUUGCAAGGGAGUGGCAGCACUAGUGUUGGCAACAGUCUGCCCACCCUAACCUCUGAGACAGCAUCAAUGGCAGCAAUGCUUCUGCGUGGACAUGCCAUAGUUCCUAUGCAACUUGUGGCCCGUGUGCCUCCCUCUUUGUUCUACUGGCCACUAAUGCAACUUGCUGGUGCAGUAACUGAUGAUAUUGCACUAGGUGUUGCUGUCGGCAGUAAAGGAAUGGGAAAUCUUCCAGGUGCCACAUCUGAUAUUCGGGCUGCUCUUCUGCUGCUUUUAAUUUGUAAAUGCACUGCUGAUCCCACAGCUUUUUCGGAAGUUGAAGGUGAAGAGUUCUUUAGGAGCCUUUUAGAUGAUCCAGACUCGAGAGUAGCGUAUUAUUCUUCUGCUUUUCUUUUAAAGAGAAUGAUGACGAAAGAACCAGAAAAGUACCAGCGUUUGCUCCAAAGUCUUAUUUAUAAAGCUCAGCAGAACAAUAAUGAGAAGCUAUUGGAGAAUCCUUACCUCCAGAUGAGGGGUAUACUCCAGUUAUCAAAUGAUCUCGGAGCUCGGUUGUAGUUUUAGCAAUUUGUACCAUAUUGGGGUCCUCCUAUCAUAAGUCAGUGAGGUUGCUUGAUUGCGACAAAAUUUUGCUCCAUUGAUAAUUCCCAUAAGGAGUUUUGAGCAAUGUGAGCUAUGUAGUCAGGUUAAUAUUAGCCAGAAGCUGAAGCAAGUGAUGUACAGGAAACCUUUCAGGUAGCUUUAUUCAUUUAUUGAUUUGAUUGUUUAUCUUGUGUUUGUGGUCAGAACAAGAAGCGUUUUUUGUUAGUUCAGGUAUCACCCCUCCCUUCAAUUACUAAUGUUGUUUUUUUACCAUUCUUAUUGUGAUGGGGAUGGCUGAACCAUCUUACCCUUAUUUCUUGUAACAGAUAGGUUGAAUUCUGGCAUUGAAGGUGGGAAUCCACCAUGGAUGACCAAAUUCACUGCCACUAAUUUUUGUAAGCUUAUGCAUAGAGACCAAGGUCCAUGCUUUUUUUUUUUGUGAGGCAUCCUUGGGCAAUAAAUUAUCUUAGGUGCGUUUCUUUCUUUCUUGUAUUCCUCCUGGAAGUUAACCUGUAUAUUAACAGCAUUGGCUCAGAUUUACUGGGGCAAUGUUACCCUUUUGUUGUA